AUGGAGAACACCACGAGCACCAGCACAUCCAAAUGUGUGAUCUCCUACUACGGACUCAACUGCACGAAGAUGGACUUUUCCAAAAGUGAGAGUGCACUGAUAGUGGGCGUCAUGAGCUUCAUCGCCACCACCAUCCUCAGCAACCUCCUCAUCAUCAGCGCCGUCGCCUUCUUCCGGCAGCUGCAGACGCGGACCAACACGCUCGCCCUGUCGCUGGCCGUGUCUGACCUCCUCGUCGGGGUGGUCAUCAUGCCCCUCGCCAUGAUCAAGGCGAUCUACAAGUGCUGGUUCUAUGUGCAAUGGUUCUGCAACGUGCAGUUCUUCUGCGACUACUGGUUCACGACUGCGUCAGUGCUGCACCUGAGCUGCAUCGCCUACGACCGCUACGUGGCCAUUUGCGACCCCCUGCGUUACCAGCAGCGGGUGACACGAUGCACCCUGACGUUCAUGCUCCUCUUCUGCUGGAUCGCCUCAGCAAUUAUAUCAACCCCGAUCCUUCUGAGCAUGAGUCCCACGCUGGCAAAGGGACGGAUCGAGAUGGUAGGUUGCCCGAACGACUGCCGCUUUCUCAUCAGUGUGGGCAUCCUGUUCACCAUCGGAAUGGUGCCAUACUUCACGUCGGUGCUGCUCAUCAUGCUCAUGUACGGCCACAUUUAUCAGGUGGCUCGUAGUCAGGCACGCAAGAUCGGGACGCAGAGCCACGGGCUUCCCGGAGUUGCCAGUGAGACCACGAGUCGCUGGACCAACAUGAAACGAGAGCACAACGCAACAAAGACACUGGGCUCUAUCAUUGCAGCGUUCAUCAUUUCCUGGCUGCCAUUCUAUAUCUUGGCCAUAGUGUUCACCAUGUACCAGGAUAUCUUUCUGCCCUACAAAAUAUCAUUUUGGAUCGGCUACAUGAACUCCACGAUCAACCCCAUUCUGUAUCCCAUGUUCAACAAACAGUUCCGCCACGCGUUCAAGACAAUGCUGAGCUUCAAGGUGUUUUCAUCGGCGGCCAGGGACAAGGAGAUGAAUUGAGGACAUGUAGAUGGAUUGAUCAAAGACUUAAACGGCAUUGAGGGUGAAUUUAUUUUCUCACACAAAACUUGAUUGUAAAAUGGGUUUUAAAAACGAUGUAGAAGGACAGGUGGCAAAUGUUAUACCAUCUGCACUGUAUAUCAAGGGCUAUAUUUAAUUGGAAGUGAUUCAAGCACCAACUCAGAGUCGAGGACACAAUGUGAUCACGUUUCAAUCACAAUGCUGAACGUCAGAGUGAAAAGGCCUUAGCAAAAACAUGUCCCAUCUUUUAUGAAUAAGACCAUCACUCCAGGCUGGCUCACAGUAUAUGUACUUUGGUUGUGCAUCUUCGCA